GUCAGAUGAUGCUGGUCAGGCUCAAAAGUAGAUAGACUCCCAUAAGGGGUCUAAGGAAAGGCGAGGACGCUUAUGGAACAGUAUAGCGGCAGAGCCUCCCAACAUCUUCACAGGAAACAUGUCUGCAGAGCCACUAAAUGAACAGGAUGAAGAUCAUCAAACUAAACAGGUAACACCCAAAGAAUUUCAAGAGGAGAUAAUUCGUGUCAUCCAGACGUGUUUAAGGAAUAUAGCCGUUCAAAUACAGAAUCUAAAUAGUUAUGCUGACCACCUUUUUGCUCACCUGUCCAAAGAGGUUGAUAAUACCUCUUGGACAUAUAUGGCUUUACAUAAACGUGUAGUCCGAUUAAUGGGUGCUACCUACAAAGAACCACAUUCACAAGUUUCAAAAUCAAAGAAAGCUACAGAAGCUAGUCUUCCUAUGGAGCAGGUAUACUGCUCCCAGGCAGUAGCUGUUAAAAUGUAUAAAAUAUCUGAUGCUCAUGGGCAGAUUUUACCUCUCAGUGUACUUACUCCUUAUUCCCAAGAUGAUACCGGUUUAAAUAAUUUUUCUGAUAGUUCAUGCAGCUUUGAAAGUUGUAAGGAGAAGUUUACACAUGAGAGUAAAGCACAAAAGCAAGAAAUACUGAAGGGGCAGGAUUGCCUGUAUCAUCCCAAUGAACCAGAAAGUGUGCCUUUGUGUCAGUUGAGGCAAAAUGAUGUUUCAGUGGACUACAGCCAAGCUGAUUGUGGAGACAUCUCUCAUUCCCUUGUGCAUCAACCAGUGGAGUGUUCCUCAUUUUCCACUCCCUCAUUUACUGAAAUAAGUGAUAUUUUAAUGAGAGCUAUAAGCAAAGUAUUAGCCAAUCCUCUGCAUUCAUCAAGCAGUAGAGCUGAAGACCUGGAAGACACUCGGAAAUUUACCCAUUAUGGAGUUGGAAUGGGAGAAAAAUUGGAACCCCAACCUCCAAUUCAGCAUAAAAGAGAGGUUUUUGUGAGACCCACUGCACCACCCUCACCACCUCCAUUACUUGUUGAUUGUUUAUCUCAUCUAAGUGGGUCAAAGACGCCAAAUACUCCUACAACCUUCCCUUCUCCAAUUCUGUCUCCAUCCUCUCUUUUGAGAACUCCCGCUGCGUCACAUCCUCAAUGCCUCCAGAUUACUCCUGAGGCAGGGGUUCCAAUCACUACACCUAAGGUAGACUCAUCUUCACCUGUACCUGAACAUUUUCAGUACUGUGAAAUGGUUCCCCAUAAUCGAAUUCCACCAGAUGAAGAAAUGACCCUAUCUCCACUCAAGUCUCCUUUUCCAAUAAUCUCAUAUGGAAUUAAAAUGAAAGACACAGUUACAGAUCAGGUUGGCCAUACAUCAACAGCUUCUUUAAUUUUCCCAUCAGAAAGUUCUUCAUUUGCACAAUCACCAAGGCAUCGUGUUACAAAAUUACCAAGAUCUUCAGAUCUACCAACAGCAAAAUCUUCCACUUUAGCGCCCUCAAGAUAUCCAAUUACAGCAUCAAAACCAUCAGCUGCACCCUUAUCAGGCCAUUCAACUCUAAAGUCAUCACAGAGUUCAGCUCCACUGUCAUCCUCAGGUCAGCAAGCAUCAAGAUUUUUAACUCAAUCAGGAAAACUUGUAAGUACCCAGUCAACAAGGCAUCCAGUUGCCCAGUGAAGAAGUCCAAGUGCACAGUUUGCAAGAUCCUCAAUUGCUCCAUUAGAAAGAUCUUCAGGUGAACAAUCAACAAGGCACUUGGUUUCACCACAAACAAAGAUCAUCAAGUCUGAAGUCCACUCAAUGUUUUACAUUUCAGUCACUGUUUUCUUCUGCACCACCACGCCCAUCAUCUUGUUUUUCACAUCCUCAAGGAAUGUCACUGACCCCGUCUUCAUAAGCUCCAGGUAGUUCUGGUAUAAAGCUAUCUUCGUCAAUCCCACCAUUAUUCAGUAAAGCAAGGAGCUCUCUGGUGGAAGUAAUAAGGAAAGAUAUUCUGCACCCAAAGUUGAUGAUCUCUGUACAAAACACCAAAAUGCACAAUGCAAAAAUGAAGCAAGAUCCAUCCUAAUCUGCCAUAAAGAGAUGGGAUCCAAUUCUCGUAAAUCAGACACUGAGGUUGGUUGAGUGGCAGGA